GACAGAGAAGAAGAGAGGGGAAUGGCGUCGGUGCUGAAGAGCGCGUUGCAGGUGAUCAGAGAGAGAGGCCUCGGAGGCUUCCGUAGAAUGCUCCAGGAGGAAGGCUACUUGAGGUGCCUUGCAGAUGGAAACCUUCUGCAAACCAAAAUCCAUAAUAUAGGAGCUACAUUGGUGGGUGUAGAUAAAUUUGGUAACAAAUAUUAUCAGAAACUCGGAGACACUCAAAAUGGAAGACAUAGGUGGGUUGAAUAUGCACAAAAGAGCCGCUACAACGCUUCCCAGGUGCCAGCAGAAUGGCAUGGUUGGCUCCAUUUCAUAACCGAUCACACAGGAGAUGAGCUUCUGAUGCUGAAGCCGAAGAGAUAUGGUGUCGAACACCGGGAAAAUUUCUCUGGUGAAGGUGAAGAUUUAAUCUAUCAUUCCAAGGGACACGCUCUCAAUCGCGGGCAGAGAGACUGGACCAGGUACCAACCCUGGCAACCCACCACCAAGACCUAAUUUUUUUCCUUAAAACACAAACUCGCCAAAAAACUUGCAUGUCAUUUGGAUAUUGUUGUCCUUUUGCUUGAAUAAAUUGUCUUGCAUUCAGCUUGAACCUUGUCUGGUCUUUGCAUAUGUUCACUCUGGAAAACAAUGAACCAUCAACCUUGUAUUCUGAUCAAUGGAACCUUUUUUGGGAAACUCAGAAAUAUUUGUGCUUCAUGUUUUUUGUUC